ACAGUGCCGCAUACUUGAAGGACAACACAGCCGUCGCGUAAACGUGAUAAUGAUAGAGCACAUACUACUCUAUUCUUAUCGGUUACAUGCGCGAGAGCGCGUCGACCGUUUCGAGAAAGACGGCUGCGAACUUGCCGCAUGACUCGUCUAUGCGUUUCGCGGGACCGCCAUGAUGUACACGCAGCCCGGCGGUCGUCCGUGCGUGCGUGCGCGCGUGUGUGCACGUAAACAAGACGUCUCGUCGCGCCAUCGUCGUCGUCGUCGUCGUUGCUGUUGUCGUCGUCGUCGUCGUUGCGGAUUCGUCGCAUCAGUCCGGAAUACUCAGACGCUGGACGACUCUCCCGAAUAGAUUGCGAGAUCAGCUGGUCGGAUCGUCCGCGCGUCGAUAAGAUAUGCGCCGCGGACGUCGUGCCGCAGCGAUCGGUCGCGCGAGACGACGGCGAUUAACCCGCUGCGCGUUAUCACUCAAUCGCGUCACGCGUCUCUCGCCGCGAGGGUGAGAGAGUCGACGGGAGAGCGGGACGGUCGCGUGACGCGUGAAAAAUAGAAAGGAGUAUAAAAGGAAAAAAGAAAAUACAAAAAAAAAAAGACGGGUAACAGAAGAGCGCGCCGUCCCGACGCCUCCGCCAUGAGGCUGGAGGAGAUGCCGUUGCGGUUGAGCUCCGACGAGCGGGACUUUGAAAUGGACGAUGAUGAGACUGAUUAUCUGCUGCAGCCGUCCGAGGACAGCAUCAGACAGCUGACGUCGAGGCGACGGCGCAUCGUCAAUUGUUCCAAGUACCUGAAGAGCUGCCUCUGCGGAUGCUGUACUUGGAUGUGGAGGAGAUGCUGCAGAGAACGGGAAUUAAGAGCCAGAGUUAUCCAUAUUGGACAGCCUAUGCAUGAGAAGUUUCCCACGAAUGUUAUAAGAAAUCAAAAAUACAAUGUUGUUUCUUUCCUGCCUUUGGUCCUCUUUCAACAAUUUAAAUUCUUUUUGAAUUUAUACUUUCUGCUUAUGGCUAUAUCUCAAUUUAUACCAGACAUAAGAAUAGGAUACUUGUACACGUAUUGGGGGCCAUUGUGCUUUGUUUUAACUGUAACAAUUUUCCGCGAAGCCGUCGAUGAUUUUAGAAGAUACAAGAGGGACAAGGAAGUCAAUGCACAAAAGUAUUAUAGACUAGUGAAAGGUUUUGAUACACCAGAAUUAGUACCAAGUUCCAAAUUACGCGUGGGUGACUUGGUUAUAGUAGAAAAAGGUCAAAGAGUACCAGCCGAUUUAGUAUUAUUACGCACAACUGAGAAAUCUGGUGCGUGUUUUGUGCGAACCGAUCAGUUGGAUGGAGAAACAGAUUGGAAAUUAAGAUUAGCAGUGCCUGCAACGCAAAAAUUGGAAAGCAAUUCUCAGUUGUUUGAUAUCAAAGCCAGUUUGUAUGUCGAGAAACCUCAAAAGGAUAUACAUAGCUUUAUUGGUACCUUUUCAAGGUAUGAUGGAUACAGCAGUGAAGAAAGUUUGGGUGUGGACAACACAUUAUGGGCCAACACAGCAGUGGCAUCUGGUUCCGCCCUUGGUAUUGUUGUUUAUACCGGGCAGGAAACGCGAUCUCUGAUGAAUCACUCAGAAAUCCGAUCGAAAGUUGGUUUGCUUGAUCAAGAAAUCAAUCAAUUAACGAAGGUAUUAUUUUGUGCGGUAAUAGGACUCGCGCUUGUAAUGAUGUGUUUAAAAGGAUUCAGCGGACCAUGGUAUCGUUACAUGUUCCGUUUCGUCUUGCUGUUUUCCUACAUCAUACCGAUCAGCUUGAGAGUAAAUCUGGACAUGGGCAAAGCGUUUUACGCGUGGUGCAUACAAAGGGAUAAGGAUAUUGUCGGUACGGUUGUACGGACAACUACUAUUCCGGAAGAGCUCGGACGUAUAUCGUAUUUACUGAGCGACAAGACCGGUACGUUGACGCAGAAUAAAAUGGUGUUCAAGAAGUUACAUCUGGGCACCAUAUCUUACGGCCAGGAGACGUUCGAUGAAGUAACGUCAGUAUUAAAGACUUAUUACCCUACUGACACGGAGCACUCACCGGUGAAGCCGACAUCCGCGCACAGUGGGAAGGUCCGAAGAUCCGAGAAUACCCGGAUCUACGAUGCCGUGCAUGCUCUAGCUCUGUGCCACAACGUGACUCCGGUGUACGAUGAAGUAAACAAAUCCUCGAAUCUGGAUUCGGUAAGCGUGCAGACCAUGGAAACUGGUGAUACUGGUUCCAUCCAAAGUCAAACAGAGGCGGAUCAACAUUAUUAUCUGCCAGAACAGAAGCGUAAUUACCAAGCCUCGAGCCCGGAUGAAGUGGCUCUGGUGAAAUGGACGGAGGAAAUAGGACUGGCUCUGGUCAAGCGGGACUUAAAUUCGAUGCAGUUGAAGACUCUGAACGGUCAAAUAUUGAAUUAUACUAUACUCCAAAUAUUCCCUUUUACCUCGGAAACCAAGCGAAUGGGAAUAAUUGUGAGGGAGGAGUCCAGCUCUGAGAUCAUAUUCUAUUUGAAAGGUGCUGAUGUUGUAAUGUCUGGUAUUGUGCAAUAUAAUGAUUGGCUGGAUGAGGUGUGCGAAAACAUGGCACGUGAAGGUCUCAGAACAUUGGUUGUGGCAAAGAAAAAUUUGACCGAAGAUCAGUACCUUGAUUUUGAAGCAAAAUACAACGCGGCGAGAAUGAGCGUCAGCGACCGUGUAUCAAGAGUCGCUGCGGUGGUGGAAAGUCUCGAGAGAGAAAUGGAACUGUUAUGCGUCACCGGUGUCGAAGAUAGGUUACAAGACAGAGUGAGGCCUACUCUGGAACUCUUGAGGAAUGCCGGAAUCAAGAUAUGGAUGUUGACCGGUGAUAAAUUGGAGACCGCCACUUGUAUAGCGAAAUCCUCGCGUCUUGUGUCACGCACUCAAGGCCUGCACGUCUUCAAGUCUGUCGUGACGCGCACCGACGCUCACUUGGAACUGAAUACAUUUCGCAAGAAGCAAGAUUGUGCCUUAGUUAUCAGCGGCGAUUCCCUAGAGGUGUGCUUACAGUAUUAUGAGCAAGAAUUUCUGGAACUCGCUUGCGGCUCACCCGCCGUUGUUUGUUGCCGAUGCUCUCCCACACAAAAAGCCGAAGUUGUUAGUCUCAUACAAAGACAUACUGGCAAGAGAACGGCGGCUGUUGGUGAUGGCGGUAACGACGUUUCCAUGAUACAAGCCGCAGACGCUGGAAUUGGUCUCGAAGGUCUUGAGGGAAGACAAGCAUCGCUAGCUGCUGAUUUUUCAAUUUCUCAGUUUAGUCAUCUCGCUAACUUACUAUUAGUUCACGGUAGAAGAAGUUAUAAACGAUCAGCUGCAUUGAGUCAAUUCGUUAUACAUCGCGGUUUGAUAAUCUCGACUAUGCAGGCUGUGUUUUCUGCAGUCUUUUAUUUGUCUUCGGUUGCCUUAUAUCAAGGUUUUCUUAUGGUUGGAUACGCUACAAUAUACACAAUGUUUCCCGUCUUUUCAUUGGUAUUAGACAAAGAUGUAUCAGGAAAGAUAGCGCUUACUUAUCCGGAACUUUAUAAAGAACUUAGUAAAGGCCGUUCAUUAUCAUAUAAAACUUUUUUUAUGUGGGUUUUGAUAAGUAUAUAUCAAGGAGGAGUAAUCAUGUAUGGCGCACUUAUAAUGUUCGAAGAUGAAUUUAUUCAUAUAGUGGCCAUAAGUUUUUCAGCGCUAGUUUUGACAGAAUUAAUAAUGGUUGCUUUAACAAUUAGAACCUGGCAUCAUAUAAUGAUGCUUGCAGAAAUCUUCUCUCUAGCGCUUUAUUUAUUAUCGUUGGUCGUUCUGAAGGAUUAUUUCGAUGCUGAAUUUAUUAAAACAACAGACUUCUUAUGGAAGGUAUUGGUGAUAACACUGGUCUCGUGUAUGCCACUGUACAUCCUGAAAUUUUUGAGGAAGAAAUUUUCACCUCCCAGUUACACUAAAUUAUCCUAAAAUCUUAUGCGGAAAUUAAUUUGUCUGCAUAUAGAUGACAAAGGAGGAUAAACAUCAAACAUAAUUUGUUAAUACAAGGAAGAGCUGUAAAAAAAUUUUCUUUCGUUUUACAAUAUCCCUAAUCCAAUCCAAUAUAAUUUUUAAUGAAAUAAGAAAGAUAUCUCAUAUGCACCAUUUUGUAACAAUCAACUAUUUUUGUAACAAUCAAUUUUUAUGACAUUAGUCCUAAAAUGGACUAAUGUAACAGGAAAUAUAAUAUCGCAAAAAAAAAAUAAUAAAAACCAUCAGUUUCCAAAUUUCUUGUAUUAUAUCUGCUGACUUCAAGGAAAUAUGGAUUGGAUUAAAUUUGUUAUAAGCGGAUCAAUAUCACGAUUCUCCGCAUAAUGUUAAUUCUUCCUGCAAGCUUAUUUACUAUGCAUCUUAGCUUUAGAUUAAAUACAUGACUUUUUUUAUACUUAAUUUUCUUUAUACAUAUUUCUUUUGUUUGUAUAUUAAUUUAUUUUUUAAUGCAUUGCCAAAGGUCGCAUCUUCCAUUUCAGUGUGUUCACACGCACACAUUGCGACAUUUAUAUGUCUGCUCUAAAUACCAUUCAUUUUUUAAAUAUUAAUUAAGUACGUUCUUUAAUCGAGCAUAACAGUAUUUUUCAUGUAUCUAAAUCUUUGAGCAUUCGCAUGGAUCACUACAAGUAAUCUUAAUUUAUAUAACAAUAACUAGAUGCAUUUGACUUAAAGAAGGCUAGAACUACACGAUUAAAGUAUAGAAUUUGAGUAUCAGAAAUAAAAAAACUGUGAUUUUUGCGAAUUAAACCUAACCGGCAUUUUAUGUACUGAUGUUAUUAUAUUGUAUAAGAAGCUUUAUUCUCUGAAAUUAAUCGAAAAACAUUUUUUUUUAAUCUUAUCCCUUCAGAAUAUUUCUAUAUGGGGACAUAUCUUUUGUUAUUAUUUAUAUUUCC